AUGGAGUUAGCUGCCAAGGUGGGAGAAGCACUGAUCUCUGCUUCUGUGCAGACCUUACUCGACCGGAUCUCCUCAAGCGAGUUUCGAGAUUUCAUGAAAAGUAGAAAGCUCGAUGUCUCUCUCUUGGAUCAGCUGGAGACAACUCUGUUGAUGCUUGGUGCUGUGCUCAAUGAUGCGGAAGAGAAGCAGAUCACGAAUGAUGCAGUCAAGAAAUGGCUCGAAAAGUUGAAAGAUGCUGUCUAUGAUGCAGAGGAUUUACUCGAUGAAAUCAACACCGAGUCUCUCAGAUGCAAGGCGGAUAAAGAUUCUCAAAAUUUUGUUAACAAGGUGCACUCUUUCCUUUCCUCUUCUUUUGGUCAAUUUAACCGAGAGAUGAACUCCAAGCUAGAAAAAGCAUCCCGAAGGCUUGAACACUUUGCCAAACAAAAGGAUAUCCUUGAUUUGCAAAGUGUUAGCUUGAAAGCGCAUAAAACAGCUUCUACAUCACUGGUAAAUGAAUCUCUUGUGGUUGGUAGAGAGGAUGAUAAGGAGAAACUAUUGAAAAUGCUUCUGUGUGAUGAAGAUCCAAAAGGUAACGCUAUAGGAGUGAUCACUAUCUUGGGUAUGGGUGGCCUGGGCAAAACCACCCUUGCUCAACUCCUUUACAAUGACAAAAAGGUGCAAGACCAUUUUGAUUUGAACGCUUGGGCAUGUGUUUCAGAUGAUUUUAAUGUUGUCGAGGUGACUAAGAGUCUUGUUGAGUCUGUCACUAAAAAGGUCUAUGAUAGUAAAAAUCUAGAUUUCCUUCGUGUUGAAUUAAGAAACAGUUUGAGCAAUAAAAAGUUUCUGAUUGUGUUGGACGACUUAUGGAAUGAAAAAUACAGUGAUUGGGAUGAUCUCAUAACUCCUUUUCAUAGCGGAAGAACGGGAAGCAAAAUUAUUGUGACAACUCGUGAACCAAGAGUUGUUCAAAUCACACAUACAUUUCCCGUACAUGAAUUGAGUCGUCUCUCAGAUGAUAACUGUUGGUUUUUACUCUCCAAGCAUGCAUUUGGAAAUGAAGAUCCAAACAAACAUCCAGAGCUAGAAGCAAUUGGAAGGCAAAUUGCGAAAAAAUGUGGUGGUCUCCCAAUUGCUGCUAAAACAAUAGGAGGUCUUUUGCGUUCAAAAGUGGAUGCAAAGGAAUGGAAUAAAAUUCUGAAUAGCAAGCAGUGGGAGAUACUAAAUGCUAAUGUUCUUCCUGCUUUGCAUUUGAGUUAUCUCUAUCUUCCAUCACAUUUGAAAAAAUGUUUUGCUUAUUGCUCCAUUUUUCCAAAAGAUCUUGUGUUGGAGAAAAAGAAAUUGGUAUUGUUAUGGAUGGCUGAAGGUGCUGUGCAACAAUUCCAUGGGGAGGAGACAUUAGAGGCAGAAGUAGAAGAUUAUCUCAAUGAAUUACUAUCACGGUCAUUCUUUCAACAGUAUGGUAGUAAUCCAAAAAAGUUUGUCAUGCACGAUCUCAUCAAUGAUUUAGCCAAAUUUGUAGCUGGAAAGAAUUAUGUUCAAUUUGAGGAAAAUGAUGUCCCAAAAUCUGCACGACAUUUAUUGUUUUCCCAAAAAGAAUAUAACAGCUAUAAAGAAUGUGAGAGCUUUUGUCAUCUAAACUAUUUGAGGACUCUUUUGACACAAAAUGAAUUUAGAGAUUGGAAUCCAUCAUGUGUUUUGUCCAAAAAGUUGCUCAAUGGUUUGUUGACAAAACUAAAAUGCCUAAGAGCAUUGUCCUUAUCAGGGUACGAAAAUGUCGUUGAGGUACCAAAUUCAAUUGGCAAUGUGCUACAUCUACGAUAUCUCAACCUUUCCUAUACUUCAAUUAGAAGUUUGCCUGAUGCAGUCUUUACCCUUUACAAUUUGCAGACGUUGCUUUUAUCAAAUUGUGUGAAUUUUAAUGAAUUACCAGAGAAGGUAGAAAAGCUUGUUAAUUUACGUCAUCUAGACAUUAGUGCAACUGCUUUAAAAGAGAUGCCCACACAAGUUGCAAAACUACAAAAUCUUCAAAAUUUGAGUACCUUUAUCGUGGGCAAGCAGCCGGAUGGAUUGGCAAUUAAAGAGUUGAAAAGGCUACCUCAUCUGCAAGGUAAACUUUCCAUUUCAAAUCUACAAAAUGUUGUUGAUUCUACGGAUGCUUUGGAGGCAAACUUGAAGAAUAGAGAAAAGAUUGCGGAGUUAGUGUUGGAAUGGGAUUGCGAUGCUUCAGAUUCACAAACUGUGAAAAAUAUACUGAACAUGUUGCAACCUUCUACAAAUUUAAAGAAAUUGACCAUCAACCAUUAUGGAGGCACCAGGUUCCCUGGUUGGAUGGGAGAUUCAUCAUUUAUAAACAUCACCAAUUUAUGUGUGAGUGAUUGCAGUAAUUGUGUUUUGCUCCCACAAUUUGGAGAACUACCUUCUCUCAAAGAGCUCUCGAUUGGUGGAAUGGGAUCAGUGCAUACUGUUGGACAUGAAUUCUAUUGUAGCAAGCCCGAGUACUCUUCAUUUCAGCCAUUUCCAUCCUUGGAGAUUCUCAUAUUUGAAAAUAUGCCUAUUUGGGAGGAAUGGAUGUUGUUUGAUGGUGAAGGUGUCAAAUUUCCUUUCCCUAGACUCAAAAGUUUGAGUUUGUGUGAUUGUCCCAUACUGCGGGGAGACAUGCCCCACAACCUUCCAUCAUUGACAAAUGUUUCUAUAUCAAACUGCAAACAAUUGAAGGCAAAAUCAGCAACUUUGCAGUGGAUUACAUCUAUUCAAGAAUUAAACAUUGAGCGAGGUGAACAGGGGUUAUUAAGAGCAUUUGAUGAUUUAUCUCUGGACUCUUUGAAAUUUCUAACAAUUGGGAAGUGUGAUAGCUUGCGGUCUUUGCCAAGAAUGAUAAUGGGUAGCCGUUGUCUUCAAAUGCUGUUUCUUGGAGAUAUCCCAUCCAUCACGUCCUUCCCAAUUGAUGGUUUGCCCACUUCUUUGCGACGUCUUGACAUUGGCAAUUGUGAGAAAUUAGAGUUCCUACCUCAGGAUUCUUGGCAAAACUACACAUCACUUGAAGACUUGAGAAUUGAUAAUAGUUGUCCUUCCUUGAAAUCUUUCCCAUUAGGUUGUUUUCCCAAGCUUAAAUGGCUUGACAUUUGCAGCUGUCAUAAUUUGGAGACCUUUACACAUGUUGGGGGGUCUGCUCUUCCCUUAGAAUCAUUUUGGGUCCACAACUGUAACAAACUUAUAUCAAUGUCAGAAGUACAUGUUGAUUCCCUUGCCAACCUUCAACGCUUUCGUCUAAGUUUGGUUCCAAAGUUGGAAUCAUUGCCUGAAGGUGGUUUGCCUUCUAACUUGCGAUCAUUUGUUAUUAAGGGCUAUAAUGAACUAUCUUCUAUACCAAUCCAAGACUGGGGGUUUCAACGCCUGACUUCUCUCUCAUGGGUUGGAGUUUCGGGUGAUGGAAGUGAAAGUAUUCUCCAUAAUUUACUAAAGAAUCAAUUACUACCCACUUCUCUUGUGAGUAUUUACAUCAACUCUAUGUCCAAUCUUAAAUUGUUAGAAGGAAAAGGGCUUCAACACCUUACUUCUCUUGAACAGCUCUCCAUCUAUGGCUGUGAAAACCUUGAAUCAUUGCCAGAAGAUGCGCUACCAUCCUCUCUUUUGUUGUUGGAAAUCAGACGUUGUCCAAAAUUAGAAGAGAGAUAUGAUUAUGAGAGAGGGAAACACUUGUCCAAGAUUGCUCAUAUUCCCACCAUACGAAUCAAUGGAGAAUACUAUGAUCCUUGAGAUGGUGCAUUAUAUUGCUUCAAAAGAUUCUGAAGCUUUGUGGCAGAAUUGAAACUCCAAAGUUACCAAAAGAUUUUGAAGAACAUCAAGGCAAAGUGCCUUCAAAAUGAUCCUCUGCUUCAAAUUCUCUAUUUUCCCGUCAUCAAAA